GGGCAUUAUAAAUACGCUAAAGUGGGUUAAAGAAAACUAGAACUGAAAUGGCUGGGCAAUUCAUUUCCGGGUAUUUCCGUGACGUAAGCGCUGGGAGAAGGUACCCGGAUGGAUGUCAGGAAGCGCGAUGCAGAGCCGCAGAUAUAAACAGUGAGCGGUUUAAUGUGUGUUUUUAACGCGGUGUGUUGGAUUAAUCUCAUCUGGAGCUAACACAUCUGUGCUCUGUGUGUGUGAAUGUGUGUAUGUGUGUUACUCAUGAACGAGGGACGGUGGUCGAGUGACUCAGACCUGCAGAGUGAAGUGGGUUCUACCAGAGUUCCAGACCCGAACCAGAACCAGCAUCAGAUCCGAAUGCUGGAGGAGGAGGAGGAGGUGCGGGGAGGACACGCCCGCCUCCAUCACGACCUCCACCACAACCUCACAAACAACACUGGAGCAGGAGAAGAAGAGGAGGAUGAAGAAGAAGAUGGAGGUUCCAAAAUGGAGGAUGAGGAUGAGGAAAUGGACAGCACCAGUGGAGCCUGUUCUCCUGAACUGAUGCGAGAUUCAUCAUCACUGAGCUGCAGUCCCUCAGUGUGUGAAGGUCCUCUGAGUCCUGAGGAAAUCCCGGUUGGUGUUUUUUCUCCUCGUGAUCUCAGUCGCUGCGUCUCUGAGACUCUGCGUGUGUUAGAGGAGAGAGGAGACGAUGCUGCACUGCCACAACGCCUCCAUCAGAUUGCUGAGUGUCUGGUGCAGGAGGAGGACUAUGAGAGAGCUGUGCGCUUCCUCCAGCUGGAGCGACUGUACCACGAGAGAGUGCUGUCCAACAUCACCGCCCUGCAGGAGACAUGGGUGAGCAGGUGGAGGUGUAGAAGGUCUGUAGAGAACUCCCUUCCUCACUGUAAUCUGAAUUCAGAACAUCUGGACAAACUGAAACACAUCUGCAUGACACACAGACAACCGACUUGGAGCUCUGACACGUGUGAGCUGGUGCACAGGAUCAGUGUGAACGGUGAGAGCUGUGGAGAGAAGAACAUCACAUCAGAAUCUCCAUGCAAUGACAAGUCGGGGAUGUUGGAGCAAGAUGAUGUCUCUCCCAGUGAAAGUGGCACUGCCUAUUUGGCCCAGCAGAGGGAGCCUACACAUGUCUGUGACUCCGCCUCCAGUCCGCCCACUUCUUCUCCUCAAGCCCCACCCACCCUGGUAAUGACAGAAAGCUCCUCACCGGCAACUAUCAGAGAGGAAGCCGAGAAACAGUGUGACAGAGAACAAGAGAGUGAGGGAGAGAAAGAACAGGAGACAGAGAGGAUACCUCAAGAAAUUGGAAAGGAGGCGGAGCCUGGAGGAGGCAGGAUGGAGGUGGAACUUGAAAGAGAUGGGAUGGAGGUGGAGCCUGUAGAAUCUGACCAAAAGAGAGAAGAGGGAAUGACAGAAGGAGGAGUGGAACCAGUGUCUCAUGCUGAGCAGGAUAAAGAAGCAAAGAAACAGGAAGAGGAACAGGAAGAGGAAGUGGAGGAAGCUCUGGAGCUGGAGGAGGAGCUUCAGAGGCCAGAGGACACCAUAUUGGAUGACCUCGCCAAACGCAUCCAGGUGGAGGAGAUCACUCCUGCCUCAGGCCUCAUCUCCAUCCUGAAGAGAAGAGUCCGUGACGGAGGAGAUGACACUUCCUCCACAAACAGACAGACUAAACGCAGAGUCCGUUUCCACGUUCCUGACGACGGCCUGGAGCAUGAUGAGGUGGGUGGAGACUCCUGGCUCCUCCUGCUCCUUCUGUGUCUGGUGACCGUGGUGAUCAGUGUGGGUGGGACUGCGUUAUACUGCGCAUUUGGCGACGCCCACUCGAGUGUGUGUACAGACUUUUCUCACAACAUUGAUUUCUACAUGGGGAAGGUGCAGCGCAGCGUGGACGACAUCACGCACUUUUUCUCCUCUUCUAGCUCGUAGCCUCCAUCUCUCUCUCUCUCUCUCUCUCUCUCUCUCUCUGUAUAAUGUAUCUCUCUCUCUCUUUAUCCAUCCCUCCAUUUUUCUAUCUCCAUCUCUCUCUCCAUCUGUCUCUCUACCUCUGCCACGGUCUCUCCAUCACUCUGGAUCAAAAGAUGAGAGACGGAAUGAAAGGAUGAUUUUUCAGGGUCUGACUGGAGUAGCGGGUGUUGAUGAUGUCACAACUCUGUGCUGGUGUUGAUGUCCCGCAUUAUUUCCCGGUGCAGCAUGUCAUUUAAAAUCCUCUUAUUUAAACUUCCUUAAAUUAGGUGUAAUUGAGAGAGAGUAAGCGGUAUUUCUGAAGUUUUUACCUUAGCAGGAAAGUAGCAUGUACAGAUUUUGAGGCGUCAAAUUGGGCGGAGUAUGUGACCUUUCUAAUAGCGGUUCUUUUUGCUUCUUAGCAUUUAAUCAUCUGUUUUAACACAAUAUAAUUGGUUAUCUAUCGUUAGCUUGCUACCAAACUUGGCUAGUUGCAUAACGUCACACAGCUACUGCUGCAGACGUAACGUUAAAGUUGGCUAAAUAAAAACGUUAGCUGGCUAACGUUAGCCCAGUGUUAGCCAUUACGCUGUGUAAUUACAGCUGUGUAGUUCCUCUCAAGGUUUCUUCCUCUUAACAUCUUAGGGAGUUUUUCCUCGCCACCGUCGCCACCUGGCUUGCUCAAUUGGGAUAAAUUCACACAUUUAAAAUCUGUAUAACGUGCUUAUAUAUUUCUGUAAAGCUGCUUUGAGACAAUGUCUACUGUAAAAAGCGCUGUACAAAUAAAAAUUUAAUUGAAUUAAGUACAUUGUGUAUAUCUAGUCAAAGAAGGCUAGUAGUGAUAUCAUACUCUCAAGUUUUGUGAUUGGCUGAUUGAAUUGAACUUAAGCUCUGCCCAUGGCAAAAUCUGUAUGUGCAGGAAUUUCAUAUCAUUUAACACUACACACUUUUAAGUCUUCAUUUUUAAGUCUUAAGAAUAUUGAGUCUUAGCGUAUUACUUAUAGCAAUUUCUGUUUUCAACCUUGAUAAUUAUCAUGAUACUGUGGAGAGUCAAAUAAUGAUGUAUAAAUUGAUAUUUGUUACAGAUUUAAGUGGUUAGGAUUAAAAUAUGUUGUAAUAUAAGGGACAGAAGAGCAGUAUAUAUAGUAAAGAAUGUUUUAAUGUAAAGAUUUUAAGAGUAGUGGUAUGAGGAGAGACAGAUUGUGUUAUUUAAUGCUGUUUUUGCAAAUUGUGCUGUGUGUGUGUGUGUGUUGUGGUUGAGGGGGUGCGAUGUUUCCUCUACACUGUGAUCUAUUUUUUAAAAAAAAACCACACAACAUUAAUGUAUAUUUGACCUUACAGUAACAGGAAGCUGCAGGCUAAAUAACGGCUAACAGACGGUUCCACACCUGCAGCACUGUAGCUAAUGGCUAGUGAGCAGGAAUGCUACUUGGUUAGUCUGAUCUUUGACAAAUAAUUUACAAUAAUAACACACAAAAACUGAAUCAACAAUAAUAAAUAAAUGAGCUAAUCCUGUUGCUUUUGCUAAAUAAGUUCAAAGGAGUAGUUUUUGUACAGCAAGUCUAGUUUGCUACUUUAAGAGUUAGCCUAUUGACUGUAAUGCUAAUUAACAUGUUAGCCAAUUUGCUAUAAUGCUAGUACCUGGGCUAGCAUGUUUGCUGUAAUACGGUUUCACAGUUUGCCCCAUUUGAUAUUGUGCUAUUUUUCAUGUUAGCAUGUCUGCUAUAAUGCUAGCUCCUGUGUUAGCCCGUUUGUUUUAAUGCUAUCGCCUGUGUUAGCACGUUAGCUGUAAUGCUAGCUCCCAUGUUAGCCCGUUUGCUGUAAUGCUAGCUCCUGUGUUAGCCUGUUAGCUGUAAUGCUAGCUCCCGUGUUAGCCCGUUAGCUGUAAUGCUAGCUCCUGUGAGUAUUUAUUGACAGACACAGGUGGAGUUUUUGCUGAUUGUAGAUGAGAAACAUGUUCUACUGUGUGAUUUGUAUUAGGUGACUUAUUUUACAGUAUUUAAUUAAAUAUUGAUAAUAAAUCAUGGCCGAGGCUUCGCAACUCCUCAGGCUGAACACACAAUUUAAAAAAACAAACAUUUUGAAUUCAUGUUGUGUGUGUGUGUGUGUGUGUUUAUGUUUAUGUUUAUUGUCUGUGGUGUAAAACUGUAGUGGGUUUAAAAUUUCUCUGAGCACAGAACACACAUGCACACGAUGUCUUAAAACCUGCUGGAUUCCUUUUCAGUAGAAUCGCAGUUUUGGGGAAGAGAUCGGAUUUUUAUUGUGAUUAUUGUUGUGUUUAUUUGCACGCGUCCUCUGGCCGGAUCAGACGGCGGUGUUCUCAGUAUUUAUUUUAACAUAGGACAAAAAUCCAAAUCUGAAUUUAUUGGUUGAUAAUGACGUCAUCUUUCCUUCCUGCUCUGUUCCUCUGUAAAUGUUCAUCAGUAAGGUUUAUUUCAUCUCCUCAGAUCUAAAGAUAAAUGAUCAUUUCAUUUUACACUAAAAUAUGAUUUUGCUGUAUAAAAUUAUUGUCUCCUCAGAGCUCAGACACUCAGCAAGGCAAAGCUCCACUCUGAUUGGCUGUUAGACUCAGCCUGUUAACCAAUCAGAUGGCUCUACCUUAAUGUAUACGUGUGAGUGGAUGCAGUUCUGGGCAUUAAUUACUGUAUAGAUGAUGUUGAGUAAUGUUAUAGCGUGUUAUAUCAUGUUUAAGACGGGUGUUUUUACUGAACUAUCGAGUGCUUAGAACCGUGUUUAUUACUGUUCAUCUACAUAUUUAAUUAAAAAUAAUCCAAAGAAAUCAAAUAUCAAUAAGAAGGAAAAUCUUACUAAAGGAAAAAUGUUACUCCAAACACCUCAGUUUUUCUGUGUUUAGUGUUUUUUUUUGUUUUGUUUUGUUUUGUUUUGUUUUUAAUUACAUUAAUUACUGAAAUUUCACCCACAUUAUUUCUGUCUGGUUCUAAGUCCUCGAUAUGAUGUUUUUUUCUCCCCGUAUUGUAAAAAACAUAUAUAUUAAAGGGGAAACACACAGUUCUUAAUAAAUCAGUUUUACUGUCA